AACAUGGGACAAGAAAAUACGGGACAAGAAACUACGGGGCAAGAGGACUCUCAGAUAUCCAUGUAAAUUUUGUGGGAAAUCCUUUAGCUACAAGAGUUUUUUAAUUCGUCACAUGAGAACUCACACCGGUGAGAAACCAUUUAUAUGUGGAACUUGUAGUAAAGGUUUUGUCAGCAGUAGUAAUUUAAUUAAUCACAUGAGAGUUCACACAGGAGAGAAACCCUAUCCAUGUGAAAUUUGUGGAAAGUGUUUCUCUUGGAGUAGUGCCUUGACCGAUCACAUGAGAACUCACACAGGUGAGAAACCGUAUUCAUGUAAAACUUGUGGUAGGUGUUUCUCUAGGAGUAGCCACGUGACUAAUCACAUGAAAACUGUACACAAGUGAGGAGUCUUCCAUGUUUCACCUGGAUAGCGAGAUUCAGCAAAACAUUUUCUUUAAGUUCUCGUGAAAAUUUACACUUGGGUUUUUUAUUCAUGAAAUGUGUUUGCUAAAUGUUUUUCCUUACAAAAGUAACCUGAUAGCCUGGCAAGCCAUCCAUGGACGUAAUUUUCACUUUAGAAGUGGGGGGGGACACGUGUGUGUGUGUGUGUGUGUGUGUGUGUGUGUGUGGGGGGGGGGGGGGUCUUUACAGUAUGUUCUAAUGGGAAACAGGCUUCAACACAAAUGGUUGUUUUCUGCUUGGUCCUAGAGCUCAACCAGUGCCAAUUUAAUAUAAAGUAUUGGUAAAAAGUGCAGGGGUGAAAACUUGACUUUGGAGAAAGUGGGGGGGACAUGUCCCCCCUGUCCCCCCCCCCAAAAUUACAUCCAUGAAGCCAUCCUAUAAAUGUAAAUAUAUAGUGUAGCCACGACCCAUAG